AUGCUUCCUCAAAAAUUACUACUUCAAGUCCUCUUUGCCUGGACCUCCGUGGCCUGGUCACCAACCAACUCUUAUGCUCCUGCCUACGUGACCUGUCCUGAUGUUUCCCUCGUCCGCGAUGCUUCAAAAUUGAGUGAUUCCGAAACCGAAUGGGUCGCUAAACGUACCGAAAUCACCAAGAAAAACCUCGGCUUGUUCCUCGAAUACUCCACCAGCUUGGACUCUCUGGAAUAUCAAUCCCUUUUAGAAGAUGAUACCAUCAAGAUCGGCCUCAGUUUCUCCGGAGGUGGGUAUCGUGCAAUGCUCAGUGGUGGAGGUCAGUUAUCUGGUUUGGACAACAGAACCACCGGAGCGUUCGAGCAUGGUUUAGGAGGGUUGCUUGAGUCCUCCACUUAUAUUGCCGGGCUUUCUGGAGGGAAUUGGCUCGUGGGUACAUUGGCAUUGAAUAAUUGGACCAGUGUCGAAGAGAUUUCAACCAGUGAUACUAUUUGGAACUUGAAUGAGCCAUUAUAUGCCCUUGGAGGGGAGAACUACAUUAAAGAUUAUGAGUAUUGGGACGAAUGGAUCAAAGAUAUCAAGGCAAAACAAAAAGCCGGUUUCGAAGUCAGUCUCAUUGACGUGUGGGCUAGAGCAUUAUCAACGGUAUUUUCCGAAUCAGCGGAAAUUGGGGCCGCUGAUACUUGGUCGACCAUUGCUAGCAGUGAUGUUUUCACUAAUGCCCAAAUGCCAUUCCCAAUCUCGAUUUCUGACGCGUUUAUUUCUCUUGUAGAACUAACCUCGACUGAUACCACCAUUAUCGAGACCAAUCCGUUUGAACUUGGUAGUUGGGACCCAACCCUUGAUGCCUUCACCUUGGUGCAGUAUUUGGGUUCCAAUUUGACCGAUGGGGAGCCAUACGAUUCUCAAAGUUGUGUUGAAGGAUUUGACAAUGGUGGGUUCAUCAUGGCCAGUUCCUCAGAUGUCUUCAACAUCCCUGCUGAUGAUUUGGGGGAAGAAUUAUCGGGAAUUCUUGCCAAUGCCAUCGAUGGGAUCACUACCACCAGUGUCGAUAAAGCAAUUUAUCCAAACCCGUUCUACCAAAGUGCUUAUGGUACUCAGGACGAUUUCGCCAACGAUAAAUACCUUUACCUCGUUGAUGGUUCGGAAGGUGGGGAAAAUGUCCCAGUGGCCCCAGUCACUUUAACCAAACGUUCCACUGAUCUUGUGCUUGCAUUUGAUAAUAGUGCCGACACUUCUGACAACUGGCCAAAUGGUGCCUCAAUCGUUUCGACUUACGAAAGACAAUUCUCGGCAAUUGGGGCCCCAUACUCUUUCCCAUACGUGCCACCAACUUCCACGUUUUUGGCAAAAAAUUUUACCCAUCGUCCAGUAUUCUUUGGUUGUGAUGCCACUAACUUGACCGAGCUUUCCAGUAUUCCUCCAUUGGUGGUAUAUAUUGCUAAUUCUGACUAUUCCUUCGCUUCGAAUACCAAAACUUUACAAUUACAAUACACCGAUGAACAGAAACUUGGAAUGAUUCAAAAUGGAUUUGAAGUGGUCACGAGAAACAAUUUGACCGAGGAUUCUAACUGGGCCACUUGUGUUGGGUGUGCGGCAAUUAGAAGAGCUCAAGAAAGAGCUGGGAUCGAACAAAGUGAUGUUUGUCAACAAUGUUUUACUGAUUAUUGUUGGGAUGGUGAAGUGUAG